AUGAACGUAUACUUCAGAAGAUACAACAGCAGCUACGCUCCAUACAUUGGAGUAGACGAGAUAUGGAGCCUAGUUGACAAAUGCGGACAGUACGACCAGUUUGCAAACGACCCCAGCCAAGUGCCUGUCGUAAAUCUGUCUGAUUUUGGAAUAUUCAAGGUGAUCGGAAAAGGUACUAAGCCCAUUAGACCAAUUGUCGUGAAAGCAAGAAGAUUCACCCCCGAGGCAGAGGAGAAGAUAGUGAGCGCUGGUGGCCAGUGCAUUCUUACUGUUUAA